AUGACCCCUCUUUUGGGCCUACCUGGGCCAUUGAAGACAUAUAAGGGAGGAAAGAUUGACCUUUCUAUCAUGAAGAGCAUUGACAAGAAUGAAGAGAUCAAUAUGCUCAAUGGUGAAGAGAUAAUCAACUCACGGAAGAAAGAAGUGAAUGAUGAGAUAGUACAACACGUUGAGAUGGUCAGAGAGAACAUACAGAGUAAUGAUGCCGUGAGUCAGCUAUUGAAGCUCGGCAUUGAAGUCAAAGUAAUGAAGCUGAAACCCUGA